AUGGGGAAGGGGCCGUUGGAGCGAAAGCUCAAAUUUGAGAAAAAGAACAACGAUCUCAUCAGAUUACCAACGCAUGCCAAGGUUGAAAAACGCCCUAUACCACAUGCGCCAAUCGCCUCGCCCUAUGCCGGUGCUUCGGUGCCAAAGGUUGUCUACAUUUCAAGUAGUACACCGUUUAUGAGCGCCGUCAAGCGCAUACAGAAACUCCUCGCUCAAGCGGAGAAGCGCGCCACUGCGAACAUAAACCUCGAGGACACACGCAAGAGCGAGAAACAGAUACUGGACGAGUUAUCAAAAGUGUCAGAGAAGCGGGAGGAGGUGUUUAUCAAAGCGACGGGACGGGCCAUCGAGAAGGCGUUGAAUGUCGGCAAGUGGUUCGAGGAGAAGAGCGUCGAGUAUACAGUACGCAUCAACACGGGAAGUGUGCUGGUUGUGGAUGAUGUUGUUGAAGACGAAGAGAAGAAAGCGAAAGAGCAGAAACAGCAAGAUAAGCCAUGCGAGAGCAGCGCUGUUCCGCCCAAGUCAACGAAGAGGAAACGACAGAACUGCUCGACAGACGAUGAACUUCCCGAGAGCCGGACACGGUGGGUCAAGAUGGUCGAGAUUGCCGUGACCCUCAAGUGA